CAUUCAUUUUAAAAACCUCAGAGUCAGUUCUCUUCUUCUUCUUAUUGUCCUAAUCCAAAACCUAAACUCACGCAAGAACUGGAUACUCUGGCGGAUUCAGAGACCAAGAACCGAGACGUGGUUCUGAAACUGUAUGACGCCCUGAGAUCUCAAGACGUCGACUCAGUGCACCGGAUCCUAACCCCUGAUCUCGACUACUGGUUUCACGGCCCACCGCCGCACCAGUUUUUGAUGCGCACACUCACCGGAGUCUCUCCACCGUUUGAUUUCUUGCCUCUCUCCGUCGUCUCAUUCGGAUCCACCGUCAUCGCCGAGGGCUGCGACGUUGCUAGCUCCAUCUCCUGGAUUCACGCUUGGACCGUAUCGCAUGGGAUAAUCACUCAGGUGAGGGAGUACUCCAACACUUCUCUGACGGUUACACGGGUCGGUGACGUUGUUGCUGGACGGUCUGCGGAGAUUGCGCCGUCGCACUGUCCAUCAGUGUGGGAAAGUCAGUUCUCGGGUCGGGCUGGAAAAUCCGUACCGGGUCUGGUUCUGGCGAUUUGAGGAUUUGGUUGGUAUGUUGGUUAAGUAACAGUCACGUCAGGGAAUAAUAAUAAUAACUAAAUAAAGGCUGCUUACGUGUUGUUUUCUGGUUGGUUUGUUGUUUAUGGGUUGAAGGAUUUGUGUGGUUGAAACGCGGUGUGGGGUAACGACUGCCUUUUGGCUGUCGCUGGUUCUUCUUUUGUUGGAUAUUUGUGUUUAAUCGUGAGUUUUGUGUUUUAGUGGGUCAAGCAUGGGGAAACUCAACUUGACUUGUGCGGUUGUGUCGGAUGGUUAUGUUAUAAUUGAAAUAAAAAUGUGCUGUUGGGAUAUUA